UGUGCGCUUGCGCGCUACUGCGGCGCCAGUUCCGGCACACAGUUUGAAUUUUAGUUCUGGAAGCAGAUCUGAUCAGCGUUUUGGCAGGUUCAUUCACGCCCCAGCCGCAGCGAAGGAUCUUUGCUCCCAGACUCCGCGAAGUCCCUGGCCCGGAAGCCGCCGGAGUCAUCGCUUAGCAGACGCUUGAAGGAUGGCAUCAGAUCUAGAACAGUUAUGCUCUUAUGUUAAUGAGAAGAUUGGCAAUAUCAAGAAAAUUCUGUCAAUAAGAAGUCUUGGCCAAGCACCUGCCUUGAAGACCACCUUAAGUAAAAUAGGAGAUGAGAUCAUUACAGUAAAUGAACUCCUAAAUAAGUUUGAAUUGGAAAUUCUGUAUCAAGAACAAACCAACAAAUCACUUAAGGAGCUCUGUGCAUCUCUGGAAGACGAUUUUAAAGAUGUGGAGCAUCUCAAAGAACACAUUCCUUCCUAUUUGCCUCAAGUGACAGCGACCCAGAGCUUGGUUAACCAGUCGGAUCUGGAUCCUAAAGAACCGGUUGAAGCUGAGGAGCCUGUACAGGCAAAGAAGCCUCCCAAAGAACAGAAAGUUAUUAAGGAAAUGCACUUUAUAACUACUGAUGAAUUCAAUGGUGUUCCUGCGUACAUGAAAUCCCGCUUAACAUAUUGUCAAAUUAAUGAUGUUAUUAAAGAAAUUAAUAAGGCAGUAAUUAGUAAAUACAAGAUUAUGCAUCAUCCAAAAGCAUCUAUGAAUUCUGCGAAGAGAAAUCUCUACCAAAGGUUUAUUAAUGAAGAAACAAAGGAUACAAAAGGUCGUUACUUCAUAGUGGAAGCUGACAUAAAGGAAUUCACAGCUUUGAAAGCUGACAAGAGGUUGUAUGUGAUCUUGAACAUCCUGCGGCAUUGCCAGAGACUGUCAGAGGUUCGAGGGGGAGGACUCACCCGAUAUGUCCUAACCUGAGGCUUUUGCAGGCUUGAAACUGACUGGCAGGAUGGAUAUAGGGUGUAGAGGAUAGUCUUGAAAUUUCAUAUGUAACGUUUGUAGCUUCUGCAUUUCUUGGUCUUGUUCCUUACAGAAAUAAAACUUUGUUUGGAUAAAGCAUGUGUAUCUUCAAAAUGUACUGCCUUUAGGAACAUUCCAUGGAUGAAGCUGGAGCUCAGAGUAAGCAAAUAAGCCAAAGUCAGAACAACAGAUGAUCUCAUAUGUGUAACCUAGAUUGAAAUGAGCUAUGUGUAUAAGUGCAGACCAUGAGAUGGUGAAGGGUAAGGGAGAAGCAGAAGAUAAUGAGAUGUUGUAAUGGGAAAGCAGAAAGGAGGAUUAUCUGGAAACCAGCCCAGGGGUGGGCAUUAGCGAGCACAGGGAAGGGUGGGGUAUAAUGACACACAAUGUCUGAGAAUGUAGUAAUGGGAUUCAUUCCUUUGUAUGGUAACUUAAAAAUUAAUUAAAAAAAAAAAUCACUGCCUUGUAGCAGAUAGUCAACACUGCCAUUCCAGCCUCUGUAUGAGCUGUGCAGUGAAAAGCACAUUAGUUUGGUUAAGUAAACAGUACUGUAGAUGUCAUGAGCAUAGAUUUGAUGUUGAGGGAGAUGAGGGUACCCAAGCCCUCUGAGGUAUAAAAUUUGAUUACUGAGUUUCCAUGUGCCCUUAGGGAACAGCUUGCCUAAAAUGCAUUCAAUGUAAGCCAGCCUAUCUGCUUCAACCUGUAAUGAAGUAUGUUGAG